AUGCAAGAUUUUCUGUUUCUUCAGUCGACUUUGGCCUUCGUGAUGCUGAUUAUAACAGCAAUCGCUGGUUUUUCGCCGAUGCUUGUGAGUUAUUUUUUUUUUUGGCUGGAAGCUCCAAAAUGUGUGGCACUUAGACUUCUAAAGAGGUCACUUAAGUGGCCGACGCCAAAACCACUAAACAUUUUCCCAGCUUGUCGCGAUAAUUUCGAUAAAGGCUAGAUCUGAAUUCAAGCCCUUUUUAAAAGUAGAAACACCAAAAAAUGAACAAAAAACGUCUGCCUCGUUAGCACAAUAUUUAUCCGCCAAAAAAUGGCUAAUAUGUCUAAUAUAAACCAUCGAUAUCCCUAAUCCCCUUGCUCCAACAGCUGUAAGCACUUCUAAUUGGGGCUCGCUGAUGCGAAUUCUGACAUGCAGGAUAUUUGGAACGGCCGAAACCAGCCGGCCAGGUGCACCUUCCCCCCACCUUUUUCCGCUUCCGCACCGCCCUCCCUUUGUCACUUUCGAGUUUCGACUUUGAAACGGCUGGCCGAGCAUGGCUUAUAGAAUUGAAAGUUGAGAAACUGUUUCCGAGAAGAGGUUGUCCCUUGAGAAGUAUCUUCGUGAACUAACUUUUACAUGCAAUGGGUGGAGAUCGAAAAUCACACUUCUGAAAAUUUUUCCGGGGUUAUGAAAAAAACAGAGUUUUUGUCACUCAAGCACAAAUUCAAACCUAAAAAAACUCACAUAUUGAAUAUAAUGUUUGAGACACUGGAAAAACUUCAGUGGCCACUUUAGGGCUUUGACGUAUUAGUGGUCCCUCUAGCAGUUGAUUCAGUGGCUACCUGGGUGGCUAAAUUUUAGUGGCUUCUUAAGGAGCCUAAGUGGUACUACUAGACAACUAAAACUACUAUAGAGAUCACUAAGAAGCAAAAUAGGGACUUUUAAAAGGUCACUUUAGUGUCCUCUGAGGUCCUCGAGGGACCUCUUAAGCGGCCACUAGAGUUUUUUCCCAGAAAAUAAAACUCUCAUAUUCUCGAUAAGUUUCUAAUAUAGAAAUUAUUCAAAAACUACUUGGAAAGGAAUGUGGAACUACAACUUGACUACUAUAGUGGCCACUAAAACUUUUUCCAGGGGUUUAUUUUCACACUGAUUUCUUUUUUUUUUCCUUCUAAAGAAUUUUCCUUUUUCUCUCAACGAAAAAAUCAAAAGAUGGACUCACCAGCUACGGAACAAGAACGGAGAAUGGAAAAUAAAUUAUUCGAUUGUUUUUCGACUUUCAAAAUCACAAAUUGAACGGUUUUUUCCGAUAAAAAAAAUGAAUCGAAAUGGGGAAAAGAUCGGAAAAAAAGGAGCUAAACGUUCAGGUCCUGAAGAUGUUCGUGAAAAAUGAUGAAGGCCGAAAGCCGAGCAGUUUCCUCUCGUACCUGUCCUGCUUUUCCGGCGGCGUCUUCCUCGCCACUUGCUUUCUGGACAUUAUACCGCAUGUCAAGUUUGUUUCUCUUUUAUGCUUUUUUAUUUAUUUCCUUCCCGCUUUGAGAACUGCCCAACCUUGAGAAAGUUUUAUGGGUUUAUUUUCGGAUGGGCAGCGUGGUUGACGUCACUUUUCUUUUUAUUUCAUUGGACUGGAACCGAAAAUGGUUUUCUCAAAAGGAGGUGUAAAUAGCAGGGAAUUGAUAGGUCAGAGCAGGUCAGAAUUUGGGAAUUUUCGAAGAAAAGAAUGCGAAAAAUCUAUGAAAGAUUAGAAAGUUGAAAAAUUUCUCAAAUGAUGAGAGUUAACAGAGAAGAAGUUUUUAGAAAAUUCAUAUUUCAACAGGAUCCUUUUUCAUGUGUUCUUAGAAAUUAUGAGGAAAGUUAUAGGAGACUUUUUUUGUCACAAAUUUUGAAAAAUCUAGAUUUUUUUAGUGAAGGCUACGAAGAUUUGCUAACAAGACACGAACUUUCGUGGCAUUUUCCGCUCCCUCAAUUGGUCACCUGUUGCGGUUUUUUCUUCAUCUACUCGAUCGAGGAAUUCGCCACAUAUGUUUGUUUUAUCAAAGUUUUUUUCAAAUUGUUUAUGGUAGUAUUAUUAAGAUGCCUUGUAAUGUUUCAUAACACAUUUUUUUCUUUGAUUCGAUAUUUUCUUUUUUUCUGAGGAAACAAUUAGCUAAAAAUUAUCGAGCACUUGUUUCUGAAUUUUUCGUAUCUGAAACGUGAAUUCUAGACACUUACAGCCUAAUUUAUGAUUAUUUGAACUUCAUAAAUGACCUAAAAGUUAAGUUAUAUUGAGGAUAUUAUUUUUCUAGGAUUAUCCAGCACUUGUUUCUGAAUUUUUCUUGUUGAAACAUGAAUUUUGGAGACCUACAGUCUAAGUUAUGAUUUUUUUGAGCUUAAUGAAUGACCUAAAAGUUAAGGUUUUUCCUUAGUUCGAAAUUUUUUUCAGGUUCUUUUGAGAGAAUUAUUUUUUCAACAUUUUUAAACACCUCUGUGAGAUUCAACUAAAAAUGUUUCUCUUUACUUUUUUUCCAAAACUAGAGAGCUCUACGAAGGACCUCAAAACCCUUUUUUACUGCCUAUAUGCCUUUAAUUAUGCUCAUCUAAACUUUCCGCAAACCUCUUUUAAGGUUUACGCAAUGAUUGUUUUUUAGGAUUCACAUGACUUGACUUUAUGUUCAAAAAACAGUCUUUCCUAUUCAAAAACGAAGAGAGUAAAGUCGAAAAUUGGGCGACGAUUAAGGUGUUUGCUGGACGGAAAGGCGGCAGCGGAGUUUCCCAUGGACAUGCUCAUCAUGGCGACGCGCCGGUAAUCCGAAGGCGAAAGAGCAGUUUGAACAUCACCAAGUAUGUUUUAGAAUGAUUCGAACCAGGGAUUGAAUAAAAAAGUAUUGGAGAGGUAUUUUUGGAAAAAAGGCUAAUAGAGGUGUUCCAUCUGAGAGGCUUUUCGGUUUCACAGAUUCAGUUAAAAAUCAUUGAAUAGUAUAACUCCGACCGAUUCAAUAGUUUUGACGCAUAUGUUUUAAAAUGGUCCGGACCAGGGAUUGAAUAAAAAAGUAUUGGAGAACAUGUAUUUUUGGAAAAAAAAGGCUACUAGAGGUGUUCCAUCUGAGAGGCUUUUUGGUUUUUAAGGUCUAUAAGGUUCAAAAAUAGCUUUGAGGAAUAUUUAAUGCAGAGUCUUCCUGGCACAGAUUCAGUUAAAAAUCAUUGAAUAGUAAAACUUCGACCGAGUCAAUAAUUUUGACGCAUAGCUUUUUUCAGUUUGGCAGUGGAAGAAACGUCAAUGUGGGUAGUCUCCGAUGAGAAAAGCAACAUUUUGAAGUCGCUGACUUUUGCGAUGGCCAUGUCCUUCCACUCGCUCCUUGAAGGAUUCGCUCUGGGUGUUCAGGUGCGCGAAAAACUUAAAAAAUACAUUCGUUUAAUGCAAAAACCAGUGAAACUUCAACAGAGAAGAUUUGUAAAACUGAUUGAUUUCAUAGAAGACUUCUAUUAUCUUUUUCGUUUUUCAUCAUACCUAUUUUUUUUUCUAACUUGAAGGCGAUAGUCGAGCUCAGAAUAGCUCGUAAAGACUUCUUAGAGGUUGAAUUUGAAACGCAAAAAUAAUCUUAGCUCAUUUCAUGCCAGCUUUUCACUAUUUUUAUUUUCUCCCUGAUAUUCAGACUCUUUUCAUUAGAUGAGCCUUUUAUUUGGCCUAAAAUUUCCGUUAUUUUGAAGGCGCAUGCUCACAGGCAGGUCACACGCAUCGAAGGGAAGGUAGCUCGGAGGAAAAUAAAAAUCAUGGCGUGGAAUGAGCUAUAACAGGCUUUUGAACCGUAAAGGGCUUUCCGAAUUUUUCAAAGUCUCAAGAAGAAAACUUCAAGAUCCACAAACCAAUUGAUUGCUUUAGGAAUCUUCCCAACGGAUCUACUCCCUAUUUUUCUCCUUGCUGCUUCAUAAAGGCGUCGAAGCCUUCUCCGUCGGUCUUCACCUACAAAUUUCCAACUCGAAAUCCCAAAAAGUUGAUUUUCUGCAUGUUGAAUCGAAAGUUCAAAUGAUUUUCCAGUACAAAGUCAUACUCUCGACGAUUUUCAUCUACUGCUUGAUGGCUCCGAUCGGGACCAUCGUUGGGACUUUGUUGCAGGUAAACUUUUUGGGCCGCAUUUGGAAUGGAUCAAAGAUGUUUUCAGCACUCGGACACGACCAGCAUCUACAAAGACUCAAUCGUUCUGUUUUUGGAAUCUUUGGCUGCUGGAACCUUCAUUUAUGUUACUUUUAUUGAAGUGAGGGCCAGUCUUCGCGAUUUUACGGAUUUUACUUCAAAAAAACAUUUUUCAAUGAAUUUUUUUUUAGGGAUUUUCUUAGGAACCCCAAAGUUGUCCCUAUAGGGGUAGGGCGAAAAUAGCCUUUACAUGGAACAGAAAAGUAUUCCUAAUGGUAAAAUUUAGAUGGUUCCAAAGUGUAAGUGGUCACUAUAGGGGUGGGUUUUCACGCUGACUUUAUAUCUGAUAUCAAAAAAUGACGUACACGUCUGCAAAAAUAGCGAAAAAUUUCAAUAUUUUAUCUUUUCUUGGAGGGUGUCUUUGGAGGAUUUUUUGAGAAAACAGGAAAAUUUUGAAUUUGAAAAAAAGCGAAGAAAAAGGUGAAAAUCCGAAAAAUCGCGAAUUCGUCCAUAGAGCAACUUUACUGCAAAACGCCCUUGGGGGGAAAUUCAAACGGUUUUCUUUCCGACGUUUUUCAAAAACUGUAUGCAGACCGAAUCUCUGUUUAAGAACAUUUCUUAAAGUUAACCUUAUUUUCUGACUGACCACGUUGAACUUGCCCCUGUAUGGGUAGAGACCGCAGAGCCACGCCCCUUUUUGCGAUGGUGAAAUGCAUUGGUUUUUUAGAUUUCGUGUUUGAUGUUUUCGUAAAAGCGCAAUACUGAAUCAAACACAGAGAAAUUUGGUGGAAACAUAGAGAAAACUUUCCUCUUCAAUCUGAUAUACUUUUCACCCGAUUUUUGUAGCGUUUUAGCGGAGUGUCGUACAAAAAACCGAAACUACUUUUUUUCUUCGGGUUUUUAACCUAGUUCCAUGUCGUUGGCGCCUUUUUUUAUUUUCGAAUUCGAUUCUUAAGUGAAAAACAAAUCUUUUAAGACAAAAAAAUUAAAAUUUUUACGGUGCCUAAUCUUCGUGAGGCCGCGCAAAGUUGAAAAUGUUGUACUCGCUUUCGAGAGCGUGUAAGUAAAAAAUUUUUAUUUUAACUUGUGGAUUAAAUUGUAACUAAAAAUUUUAUUAAUAUAAAACUUAUUCCGAAAAACUUUGUUUUCUGAGAAAAAAAUAGACAGUCAAAAUUUCGAAAUUCAUUUUAACAUGGUUAGAUGUCGUUGGCGCCUUUUUUUAUUUCUUAAAUAUUAGCGUAUCUCAAUUUUCAAUCAAUUAAAAAAAUAAAAUAAAAAAAUUUUAGCGGUGCCUAAAAAGUUUAAUCAGUGUUAGUUUGAAGCCAACGUUAAAAAUAAGAAAAAAACACCGAAAAACGGAAGCAUUUCGAACUGAAUCUCUAUGAAUAAAUUAUUUUUUUAGGUGGUCCGAACACACGUGACUAAUAAUUGUUCAACUACCAUAACUUUUUUUAAACAAGAUAGUCGGUAGAUGCUGUACUUUGAAGUGAAGUGGUGUAUAGCGCGAACGCCUCCCAUCUCCGAGAGAUGUACGUGGAGCAGCGCAAGUGCGCUUGCAUACAGUUUUGAUAUCGCGAGUUCAAUCCUCGCAGCGGCAAUUUUUUUUUUUUUUCAAGAAAAAAAUAGCUUUUCUUUUUCAAACUUGUGGUUUUAUACUGUUUUAAUGACUUAUUACGACUUUGAAAAACCAAACUAAACUACUAAAAAAAUUUAAAUCCGAUAUGAAAAACAAAAUGAACGACCAAAAAGUGUAAAUCUAAACUUUCAGUACUAAAUUUCGCGACUUUUUUUCACUACUGUUUUGACCAUAACUUUUUUUUUUCUCAACCUUUUUUGAAAAACUAAACUGUUUUGAAUAGUAAAUUAGAGCAGCUAUCCAACCAUAGUAAUAUUGAAGUUCGAAAAAUUUUUUGAAAUUUCGUCUGCGGUCCCUAUGUAUGGGCUAGAAACGUAACAUGGGUUCAUAAAAAAAAACGACCAGAAUACCUGAAAAACUGAGAAUUUUCAAUUCAUUUCUUGUAAAAUGAUCAAUUUUUUUAGAUAAUGGCGACGGAGAGAUCGAUAAUCGAGGCGAAUCACCUGCUCCAGCUCUUCUCGAUCGUCAUUGGCUUUGCUCUGAUCACAGCAAUGCAGGCCAUUUUUGGGUUUGCUCCCCGUUUCAUUUUUCGAAUAUCAAAUGAAAACUUCUUCCAGCCAUGACCACAGCGGCCACAGUCAUGCUCACGGACACGAUCAUGACCAUCAUCAUCAUGAGCACGAAGAAUUUCUGAACGGAACCAUUGUUUUAUGA